CAAAAUAAUUAUUUUUAUAAUUUUAUAAGAUUUCACUAUUAUUUUCAUGCUAGAAUUUUUAUUUUAAAGCGAGAACAUUUCAUCGAUGACAGGUUCGAGAUGAUCAUGAUAUUCCUCUUUAUUUUGACCUUCCUAUAUUGGAUAACGGCUGCACUGGACGUGAAAAUAAAUGGACAACUCGAGUUGGAGAGGAAAUAUUGGAACAUGUAUGAUCCCACAUUGAUUGCCGAAGGAAUUUAUUGUUUGGCAACAAUAAUGGCUUUCUUGAAAUUAUUGUAUAUCUGUCAGCUGGACUACCAUCUGGGACCACUUCAACUUUCCCUUGUUAAAAUGAUCAAGGAUGUUCUUAAAUUUAUCAUUCUAUUCACCAUAAUCAUUCUUGCAUUUUCUGCAGUUUUUUCUCUAGCAACAUGCAGACUUUAUCAAUAUUACGAGGAUAUGGUACAAAUCGAUGAUGAAUCAAAGAUCAAGACCCAACAGGUCAACUCGUUCAUCAAUUUUCCAACCGCCCUGAAGACCUUUUUUUGGGCGCUUUUUUGUAUGAGUCCUAUCGAAAGCGCUGAUGUGAUAAUUGAGAAUCUUCCUGGAGAAACAGAGAACGAAACUAUCAUCAAUCAUCAUUCAUUCACUGAGCUUAUUGGAUAUAUAUCCUUUGCCGGAUUCACUUUUAUUUCUGUCAUCAUGAUUUUAAACAUGUUGAUCGCUUGCAUGUCUAAUACAAUGACCAAAGUCACAGAAAAUGUACUUGUGGAAUGGACAUUUGGUCGAACUGAGACUUAUGUCGAUUUUAUGCUAACAACCACUCUUCCGCCACCAUUCAAUAUUAUUCCAACGUACGUUGGUAUUCAGCCAGUGAUCGAGUAUGUAAAAUUAUUAUUGAAACCACCACCAGAUAAACGAGCACGAUGGGACAUGAAACACUGUUGUUAUAUUGUUAGUGUUACUCUUAAAACUCAUUACUAUGAAACAUUCAUAUAAUUUUUUU